AUGUCCUUGGAAGUAGACAUUGAGGCUAUACACUGCAAAGUAUUCUCUACUACUUUCACUGGGCCAGCACUUUUAUGGUUUAGACAAUUAUCGCCUCGGUCCAUCAGCAAUUUCAGUGAUUUUUUAAAGCAAUUCUUGCAGCAAUACAGUGCAAACAAAGAAGCUCCCAAAACCAUGGAAGACCUCUAUCGAAUAGAUCAAGGUGAGAACGAACAUCAAAAAGCGUACCUUAAACGUUUCAUUGAUUUGGUUCACCAAAUCCAUAACAUUGAUACAAUCAUUGUUGCGAAUCUUUUUGUCAAAAGUCUACAAGUAGACACACUCUUAUAUGAGAAUCUCACCACGAGCGCACCAUUUCACCUCAGUGACAUGAAAAUAAGAGAAGAAGGGGUCUUCCGCAUUUCGGAAGCAUGGGAACAAGCACAGAAAAAACUUGCCCCAAUUUUCGUUCCAGCCACCAGUAACCCACCUCCGCCUGUCAGAACCGACAUGCAAAAGCUAACCAACUCAACAACUAACAAGAUUCCCAAGAGAUCUGAAACCAAUGACAAGCAUCCUCGUUAUUCGACUUUCAAACUCAAUACCACACAAGAAAAAAUUAUAAAGAAAAUAAAGACCGGCAGAUCUGGCAGACCCAACCGAAGAGAUAAUAACAGAUACUGCUUGUUCCAUAAAGAGCGUGGCCACACAAUCGCUGAAUGCAAAAGCCUGUACGAAAAAAUUCAGACCCUCAUGCUGUGA